AUGUCAAGACCAACUACACCCUCCACACCUGUUCGACCACCAAGAUCUGACAGACGAUUGACUCUCGAAUCAAUCGCUUCAGUGUCUAGUCAAGUACCGACUGAUCACUCCACUCCUCCACCUGCUUUACCUGCCUCCUCACCAGCCUCAUCAGAAGAGAACCAACCUCAGACACCCAAAACACCCACAACACCUACGAGUCGACCAAAAUUAGCUAAUAGGGAAUCGACCUCUUCGAUCAAGAGGAAGCCUGUACCAUCCACACCUGAAGAUCUAUCUCCAUCUAUGGAAUUAGCUGGAUUACCAUCUUCCAAAUCUUUCGAUAGUCCUUUGAUCACAACCAUUAGAUCGUCCAGGGACGAACAACCUCCAAGGUAUAUCUUACCUGUUGAUUUACCAUUACCAAUUGCCGAAUCCAUUCAGAAUCACCCCGAAGCUGGACCCUCAUCAUCAUCAUCACCAUCAGAAGACGAACAAAUAGAUUUCUCAGCUUCUAGACCACCUUCUUACGCCAAUGAUAUCCACCAGGCUCGACCGAUCAUCACCGCUUCCACUUCUACUUCCAGAAACCACCAGACCAGCCAUGAAGAACUAUAUUUCGAUCCUACCGCCGGAUUAGGCGGUCAUCAAUCACCGACAUUCACCUUACAGUCGUCUGACGAAUUACCAUGUUACGCAGAGGAGACUCAGACAGAACCCAAGACGCUGGCUAGAGCUUUGUGGAAAUGGGGAUGGAUAUGUCCUCUGUUGUGGAUCAUCGGGAUGUGCAUUAUGUGGAUCCCAUUGAAACCAGUCGAGGAAGAGAGUGAUCCUGAAAAAGCACAGAAAUUAGAAGAGAUGAUCGUUAUUUUAAGAAAGACCGAAAUGAAAUACGCCAAGAGAUGCGCCUAUGGUACAUUGGGAUUCUCAGCGUUGUUAAUUACUAUAAUCGUUAUCGCCAUUGUACUUUCAAAGGUCUUGAAAUAG